AUGAGUGCAAAGAAACCCAAAAGCCCUGUGAGCAAAGGGAAAGGCAAAGGCAAAGAUAAGAAGAAUGAUUUAUCUUCAUCAUCAGAGGAAAAGAAAGAAAGCUCUGCACCAGGGAGAGAAACAGAAACAGAACACCCGGACUACAUCUGCCCUCUGGUUCUAACCUCGGCCACGCAGGAGCUGUUCGGCUGCCGAGCCAACGAGGACGUAACGGGUGAGAACCCCUACAAGCUGCUGAGGAAAGACGACAUCAUCCAGGACAUGAGAACCCGAGCGGCCGUGUCAGACUUCAGCCCCAUCAAACAGGCCGUGCUGGAUUAUCCAGAAGACGAGAUGCUGCUGGUGUUGGAUCGGGACUUCACCUACGGCCAGUGCUUUUACCUGGUGCUCACGGUGGAGGCUAAACAGAGCAUGCUGGCGCCCCCAGCAGUGACGGAGGAACAGAAGGAUGAAGGUGGAGAGGAGUUAGAGGAGGAGCAGAAGAGUCCUGAGCCCCGGCACUGGGUUUCACUGGGAAGCGAGAAAGAGAUCGAGGAGGAGUCGACUACACACACCAGAGACAAACUCCACUAUAAGAUAUCGCGGGUGAGACGAGAGUUUGGGGCUCCGGUGCACUUUUCUGACCUCAGCGCCGUGGAGACGAAGGGCGCCUACACCGAGUGCACUUCCUACCAGGACAAGAGCUUUAGCAUCACGAAACUGGAGCAGAACUGCGGGACUCAAGCCAUCGCUAACACCAAGAACUCAUCCUCACAGACCAUAUGGAAAUACCCAAAGAACAUGUGGACCCAGUACGAACCUCAAGAACUUAACGAGGAGGAGAAAGAAAACAUCCUGCAGUUGGAGAACCUGAAGAACUUCCUCAGCUCCAGCGCUGACAGGAUUGAAGUGGUCAUACAGCAGAACAGCAUGAUGGAUGUGUUUGUGGAUGAAGUGUGUGUGCUGGAAGAGGACAGUGUGUAUGAAGGGAAAGCCGACACACACCUGAAGGUGUACCAGACGUUCACCGAGCUGCGCUACAGCAAGAACAAAGUCAUCAGCUACAUCAGCUGGCAUCCCACUAUCAGCGGUGUCAUAGCAGUGGCAGUAACAGAGCAGCUCUCGUUUGAGGAGAGGAUAAACAACUCCACAAAACUGCUGCUGAAUCCAGCACUGAUCAUCUUCUGGAGCUUCUCCGACCCCAUCCACCCACAGUUGCUGUUGGAAUGUCCGGACGACGUGCUGUGCUUCCACUUCUGUCCCUCAGACACCAAUAUUAUCGUUGGAGGCUGCAUGAACGGCCAGGUGGUACUAUGGGAUAUCUCAGGCCAUGUGGACAGACUGCAGGGAACUCGCAGUGGAGUACGAACAAAAAUGACCAACACGAUGCAGUAUUUUGAGGAUAAGCAGCAGAGUGACACCCCUGUAGUGCGUUACUGUGGCAUGUCAGGAAUCGAGAGUGGACACAGAGGCCCCGUCACAGACGUGCAGUGGCUCCCGGACAGCUUUGAGGUCUCGAGGUUGGGGAUCCCGCUGGAAAAUAAGAGCCAGAUAUCAGUCCAGAUUGUUACCUGUUCUCCUGACGGUUGUGUGAUGUUCUGGGACCUGCGUGCUCCUUAUGUAGCGGCCCCGUCUCUGACCCACAAGAAGCACAAAGCUGAAGGGAAACAUCUAGAGAACCCUCACGGAGUUCCCAACACCUUCAAACACCUCGACCUCAGCUGGAAACCUCUGUUUAGAGUGACUCUACCUAAAAUAGACACCGCUGGUAAAUACAAUCCACUGAAGUUCAGUCUGAGAGACAGUGUGUGUUACACUGCUGCAGUGGACAGGCCGGACGUUCCUGCGUUCUCUGUCCUCCAAGUGCCCUCCAACAAAAACCUGUGCCAACUGGACACCAUCAGCACCAAAUUCUACGUCGGCACUGAGGAUGGAGAGCUGGUGUACACCGACUGGAAACUGGAGAAGGACAACGAGUCAGGACGACUCUCUAGUCCUAAGCCCACUCACAUCUCUCAGGUGCAUGACAGUCUGGUGAACACGGUUCUCCGUUCUCCGUUCUUUAAGGACAUUGUCCUGACUGUGGGUGGUUGGACCUUCGCCAUCUGGAAAGAGGGAGUUAUGAAGGGUCCACUCUUCCAAUCGCCAUGUUCCUUGAGUAAGCACACGGCCGGGUUCUGGUCUCUAACCCGGCCCGCUGUGUUCUUCAUCGGGAAAGAGGACGGCAGCCUGGAGGUGUGGAACCUGCUGGAGAAAACCCACAAGCCUGUACUGGACCAGAACAUCACCACGGCUCAGAUCUCCUGCAUCAAACCCUGGAUCGCCUCCUCAAAGCAGCACUUCUUGGCCGUGUCUGAUCACCUGGGCACGCUGCACAUCCUGGAGGUACCGUGGACACUCCGUCACCCGGCUCCUAACGAGGAGCAGAGCAUGAGCAGCUAUCUGGAGAGGGAGAUGGAGCAUCUGAUCUACUUUGAGAGGAGGCCGGAGGUGGGAGCGAGAGAGAGGAGCGUGAUGGAGGCCGAGGAGAAGAACAAGACGCUGAUGAGAAAUGUUUAUCUAGAUGACAUCAUGGAGAAGAUGGAGGAUAAUCAGAUGGAGGAGCUGCAGAAGGAGGUGCAGAAAGACUACGAGGAAUAUUUCACUCUGGAGAAACUCAUGAUGAAGAACUUGGGCCUCGUGAAGGAAACCCAGGACACAGAUAACGUCUGACCGCACACACACACACACACACAUUCAUAUAUAUUUAUUUUAUUGCUGUAGUUCAGUAAGAUGUUUUGUUGGUUUUUAAUUAAUAUAAAUUUUUUUAAUAAACUGGUGUUGUCUUGGUUUCUGA